AUGGUGGUGGCUCAUGAUAAAGGUAAGGUAAAACACCUCUCUGAAGAAGCGCAAUGCAACCUAUCCAGAUGGUAUGGAGAAAUUGUCUCUUUAAACUCUUGUGAUUUUUCAAAAGUAGAUUUAAUUGUGGAUGCACUUUUUGAGACAGGGCUUCAAAGGCCUGUAAGGGGAGCUUAUUUGGAACUUAUCCGAAAAGUGAACCAACUCAAGCUACCGUGUAUUUCUGUAGACAUCCCUAGUGGCGUGAAUAGUGAUACGGGUAAGGUGAUGGGGCAAGCGAUUCGUGCCUUUAAAACUGUUGCGCUGGGCGCUUUAAAGCGAGGCCAUGUUUUGCUGCCUGGGAAAAUCUUUUGUGGGGACGUUAAAGUUUCAGAUAUUGGUCUGGGAAGGUGCACAUUAAAUGACCAAGUCACCUAUAAGAACACUCCAGCUUUAUGGAAAAGUAGUCUGAAUUUUCCAGAACCUUCAGAUAAUAAAUACACUCGUGGGCAUUUGAUUGUCGUUGGAGGUAAGAGUAUGGUUGGUGCGGCAAGAUUAGCGGCACAAGCCAGUCGCAGGAUUGGUGCUGGGAUUGUGACCAUUGUUUGCCCAAAGUCUGUUAAGUAUCUUUAUAGAAUCACCGCUUAUGGAGAAAUUGUCAAGUCUUAUAAGGAUAGUAAGGAUUUUGAAAAGGUUUUUACAUCAGAAAAGGUGGAUGGUAUCUUGUUUGGGCCUGGCUUAGAGCCCACAUCAAAAACAAAGGAUUUGGUAGAAGUUUGUUUAAAAACGAAAAAGCCUCUCGUUCUUGAUGCAGGUGGACUUUCUUGUUUAAAAAAAGAUAAAGAGCGUUUCUUUUCAUUAAUUCAUGAAAAGUGUGGUUUGCUUCCCCAUGAAGGAGAGUUUAAAAGACUUUUUCCACGUUUCGAUUGUAAAGUCAGUUCGGUUUUAGAGGCCUCUAAAAUGAUAGAGAGUACUCUUUUAUUAAAAGGAGCCGAUACCAUUAUCGCGAAUGGUAUCGGGGAAUGUUGUAUUAAUACAAAUGCGCCUCCAUUCUUAGCCACCGCAGGAACAGGGGAUGUUUUGGCGGGAAUAGUCGCAGGUUUAAUGGUUCAAGGUGUGGAACCCUUUUAUAGUACUGCAGCAGCAACUUGGAUUCAUGGGGAGGCGGCAAACAAAAUAGGGUUAGGUUUGAUCGCAGAAGAUAUUGAACGCGUUAUUCCAGAAGUGUUGAAGGAGUUGGCGGGUUAA